AUGGAGGAAGAAGCCGUGGGGAUGCUUCUAGAAGAGCCAGCAAACCACCGGAAGCCGGGGGAGGGGCCUGGAACCAUCCUCCCUCAGAGCCACAGGAGAACCACCGCAGACUUCCGGCUCCUGGAGUUCCAGCGCCUGGACACGCAGCCCCACCCAGGCCCCCCACAGGGUCACCCACGGCUCGGGCCCACAGAAGGGCCCUCAGAGUCCAGGAGAACACCCCCCUCCAACCGUGGGACCCCGCAGCGGCCCGGGCACCCGGCUGCCAGCGCCCUCACCAUCCUGCCUGACUCCUGUUCCCACCAGACCACCAGGGGUUCCAUGGCUGGGCUGGGGAAGUUCGGGGACUGCAGGCUCGGCCUUCAGCGCAGCGCGGGGAGGGAGCACAGCACCACGACCUGCCCCGGCCCCCCCGCCCCCGGUCCCCGCCCAGGGGGCGCCCACGCCCAGGGGGUCCACUUCAAACACGCGCUGCCUGCGCGCUGCGGGCCUCCCCGGACUCAGACCCGCGCGGGGGCGGGGGCGGCCUCUUUGAAGUUGCCGCCCCCGACAGCAAAGCGCGCGCAUUCCCUCAUUAGUGGUCCCGCCUGGCUCAUCCCGCGCCUCCCUCCUUUCCCGCCCGCGCGCGCGCACUCAGCCCUGGCUCUCGGUGGGCUGAUAAGGCGCCCCGGUUCUCUCGGCCUCUCCUGGGGUCGGAGCUCCCCAACCUCCUCCUCCCCGCUUCCGGUUGGCGGGGAUGCCCGGAUCGCGCGCCCCAGCUUUGCGCUGCAUCCGCCCCCGGUGCGCCCACGCUUCCGGGCUCCCGUUCCAGACAAUCGCUGCUCACAGGUGGGUCUCUGUCCCGUGUGUGGAGGCGGCGACAGAUGCUGCAUCUACACGGAGUAUGAGUCCUCGAAUCCCGACACAUGCCACCUUCUGCAGGAGGAAAGUUCUGGCUGCCACUCAGAGGCUCCCACCUGCCCCAGAGCCUCCCCUGCACUCACGGCUCAAAGCAAUGACACAGGGUCACCAGGAGGUGCCACGGUCACGGGCAGCCCCACUCACAUCCCAGGCCCCGCAGAUGAGCCUCUGGCCCCUGAGGGCAGCCCUACAGCCUGGUCACUGUCCACAGCCCACCUUCCCUGGGAUUUCGUGUCAACGGAACCACUGGCCGACCCGCAGAAGCCGGGGCACAAGGGUGGACGCUUCUCCUUCAGCCGACGCACCCUGGCCAACACCCAGAGCACGGAAAUCAUCGCCCCUGCCUCCAGGCCGCGUCUCCCCCAGAUGCAGCAGGGCCCCCCAGGACAUCCCUCAGCCACACCACGGAAAGUCCACCCACGCCGCCAGUGUCCCCAAGGGGCAUCCACCUACUGUAGAGAGAUGGAGGGAGAGGACAGCACCUGGGCCCCUCGGCCCUCUGACUGCAGCCUCGGGGUGGGAUGUCCAGGGCGACCCGGCGGCCUUGUCUGGGGGGCACGAGUGCUGGGAAACCAUCAGUCCUGGGGUGCACUGGGGGACGCGCCAGCCAACAGCCGGCCGGGCCCCCUUCCUGCCCUGCCUGCCCACACUUCCACCCGCUAUCGUUUUGAGAGCCUCUGGGAGGAGCAGGGCUUCCCAGAGGCCGCUCCCACCGGCCCCCUGGCCACGCCUCCAGGCCCCGACACAGGACACAGCGAAGCCCUGUGCAGGGAAGGCGCCCCUCAUCUGCGGGCCGGCCUCUGGUCAAGUGGAGGAAGGAAGAGCCCGCCCGCCUGUGGCCACCAGGCACCCCCGGCAGCCCCCUGGCCGGGCACACCUGGAGGGCUGCCAGGGUUGCCCUCGGAAGCCACGUGGGCGCCCGCGGUGCAGCGGGCAGGGGAAGAAAGAACAGGAGGGGCGCCUGGGCAGGACGGGAAGGCGCUGGCACCGUGGCACCUGCCCCGACCAUGGAGCUUCGAGACCGCUCGUGGCGGGUGCCUGACCUGGGGGAGCCGGGGGCUGAGGCAGCUGCUGGCUGCCCAGGGGCCCGGCCAGUGCUGGGCACCAGAUGGACACCAAGGCACUGGGCCGGCCAGGCAAGCCGUGUGCAGGCUGCUCCCACCUGACCCAGACAAGUUCCCUGCCCAGGUCCCUGGGACGGACGGACGGACAGAUGGACGGAAGGACAGACAGAUGCACACCCUGCCUGCGGUACCAGCAGGAAGUGGGAAACAGGCCUGUGGCCCGAGCUCCGCCCCCGCCCAGCGGGAUCAGGUGCCAGGAGAGUCUGCCCAUCCCCAGAAGGGCGCCGGCAGAUGUAACCUCCAGCGUCGGGGACGGGCAGGCAAGGCGCUCCGUUACGUGUACAUCUUUGCACCUGCGAACCUGAGGUUGGCCUCGGCGCUGGCCACGGAGCACAGGCCUGGUUUAUGA